AUGGCACAAAUUCAAUGGCGGUUGUCCAGAGUCUGCUUUCUUCUUUUCGUCAUCCUCUUGGCAUUCGUUUUUUAUUUUACUGUUUUUCAUAAUCAAUUCACCACCUCAGAUGGAUUGAACCAGCUGCAAAAUUACUUCAGUCAACCUUCUACUUCCUCGUAUAAAGACUACGUUGUUCCCCUGGAUCAAGACUUGAGGGGAGAGAGUAUCACCUAUCAUGAAGCUGAGUAUCGUCAGUCUGACCCACAAGAACCAAAAUCUCAUGAAAUUGUGAUUCUCCUGGCAAGUGAUGGACAGUCCAGCGGCGGGAAAAUCCCCCAUAUGUUUGAGCAAUGCAUUGAAAAUCGAAUUCAUUAUGCUAAAGCUCACAACUAUGUAUUUGAAUACGUAAAUGUAUCACAGAUGAGCGUCCCUCCCGUAUGGGCCAAAAUGCCCGCAAUCUUGCAAACAAUGAUUAAGCAUCCCCAAGCAAAGUGGAUUUGGUGGCUUGAUCAAGAUGCAUUGAUCCUCAAUACCUCUCUCUCUCUACAAGAGCACAUUCUUUCACCAAGGAGGUUGCAGGAGGUUUUGCUCAAAAAUACGCCAAUGCGUUCUCCGUUUAGCAAAGAUCUCGAACGGAUGACUCCUGAAGAGUACUCUUUAGAAAUGGUUAAUACAUUGGGUCUUUUAAUUUCUCAAGACUUAAAUGGCUUGAAUGCUGGGAGCUUUUUCGUACGCAGGUCACCCAUGAUGGCCCUCUUUUUGGACCUUUGGCAUGAUAAGUCUUUCCGUGAAAAUGAUGUAGCGGAACACGAGCAGGCCCUCCUUGGCUAUUUUGUUCGCUACCACCCGGAAAUUGCUGCUAUUAUUGGGCUUCUCCCUCAGACGAUGAUCAAUUCUUAUCCUGUUGGAUGGCCGGACAUGGGGUGGAAGCAUGGUCACUUGGUGAUUCAUUUAGCUGGUUGUUGGGUUGAUAACCGUUGUGAAGAACUCUGGAAUGAAUAUCUUGAGCGUGUACAUUGUAAUGCGGCCCUGGUUCUCGAAUUGGUUGAUACAUUUGCUGCUAAUUAUUAUUGA